AUGACAUCGUCUAAAGGAACACUGAGCGUGAUUGGAUGGUUCUUCAUUCCAGACGUGGUCACGUCGUUGGUGCAGAAUAUUUAUUAUAAAGUCACGGGCAAACCCGUGUUGAGGGGCCAUGCCCAGUUCCAACAGCACCGCCGAGUCAUCUACAUCGGAGUCAUCGCCAUCUACCUGAUAUAUUCGGUGGUGGAUGCUUACUGGUCGGUGGUGUAUGAAGGAAAUGCUCUUGAUGGAGCUUAUAGAGGAUUAUACACGGUUCUGGGAGUCGACCAUAGAGCCAGUUCCCAGCAGAUCAAAUCCGCCUAUCGUCGACUCAGUGUGCGAUUCCAUCCUGAUAAAGUGACCGCUGCUACGAGUCACGAUACCUGGCUGGCUAUUAAAUCCAGUUACGAGGUUCUGUCUGAUCCAGUUUUACGGUUCGGAUAUGAUCGUUUGGGAUAUAAUGUUCUAGCAUGGAAACUGGCUGCGCUCAAGAACAGCCAGUCGUUUAGUUCAAUCCCUCUUGACGAGGUGUUUACCAUGACUGAUAUUGUGCGACGAGGGUUGAAAGAGUCGUUAUAUGGAUACUAUCUAGUGACUUUUGUGAGCAUUCUGUUUCUGAAUUUAAUAGGAUAUGCUCGCCAUGCCAGAUACUGGAGAUACUAUAUUCUAUUGGCAGCAUUCAUGGCCGAGGUCACAAUCAUUACCAGGUCUACUCCUAUUGAUCUGUUCCCGGGCCUGGAUCUCAUUCCUUUCCAAGCCAUUGCACUAAUGAGACGACUCCUGGUGAGCGUAUUCAUUGGUCUCAACCAAAUCGCUCCACAACUACAACCGCCCGAACUCAACGAGACUAUCGUGCACAGUCUCCUGGACCAGAUCAUUAAUCUCAGCACCCAUCUCAAACAAGAACGUGCUAAUUCCCUUGUUUUCGAAUACGCUCCGUUCCCUGACGAGCGCGAUGCCAUCAAAAAACGGAUCGUCGAACAGCUUCUCGAGCACGAACUGCGCUGUGACCCCGAGGUCGCGGAUGCCAUGGCCCAGGCCGCUGCUAAAGUCCGUAAAUAA